GGAGUCGGGCGGCACACUCGGGGCAACACACUUUUCUGCACUCACACGACAAAGGCACCGCAGCAAGAAGAAAAGUCAGGAGAAGAGUGGCACAGGGUAAGGAAGACUAGGGGAAAGGAAAAAGAGAGGAAGAGAGUAACUGAGAAGAUAUGGUGCGCUCCUGUGAACAAGGGAUCCCUGCCUGGGUCGCUGUGGGCACCCUGCUCUUCUUAAUCCACUCUGUCACAGUCAGAGGAGCUGCCCUGAAGCAGGAGGUACCAUUGGACAGUGGGGCCACGGUGCUGAAUCACUCCAUGAGUAUGGUGCAGCGAAUGGAGAGCCUGCUGGCCCUAGGGAACAGCAGUGAUGUCACUCUCCGGGUGCAGACCAUCAACACGGACGAGGUGAAGGUGAUCCAGGCCCACAGCCUGGUUCUCACGCUGCAGAGUGAGGUGUUUGAGGAACUGCUGCUUAGUCGCAACAACAGCUAUUUGCUUUUGAGGGAAACGCCUGAUUGUGCAGCUGUCUUUGACAAGUUUAUCAGGUAUCUGUACUGCGGUGACAUCUCAGUGCGGCUAGAUCAGGCUGUUUCUCUGCAUAAGCUGGCCAGCAAGUAUCGAGUGUGGGGCCUUCAACAGGGUCUAACUCAGUUUAUGACCCAACAUCUGUCUAGUGAUUCACCCACAGGCCAUGUGAUUGGCUGGUACAACUAUGCAUUACAAAUGGGGGACAUGGUCCUGCGGGACAGCUGCCUGCAGUAUCUGUCCUGGAACCUGUCCUCUGUGUUUCAGAGCGCAGAAUGGAGCUCCAUAAGUGAAGACCUGCUCUUUUCCUUGCUCCAGCGCUCUGACCUCAUUCUGCAGAGUGAGCUGGAGCUCUAUGAGGCCCUGGAGGCCUGGAUCAGCCAGAACCAGCCUGUCAGUUCAACAGUGGAAAGUGCCCUAAAGGCUGUUCGAUACGGCAUGAUCCCCCCUCAUCACCUAUUCCGUCUUCAGAAGCAAUCCCCCCUCAUGCAGAAGCAUUACGAGUCUAUCCGAGAUCUACUCUACUUAGCUUUCCAAUUUCACUCCGCCUCACCUAUCCAACUGGCAAAGUUCUUUGAUGUUAACUGCAGUAUUUUCACUCCCCGUAACUACCUGUCCACAUCCUGGGGUUCCCCUUGGGUUAUCAAUAAUCCCACCCGUGAUGACCGCAGUUUCAGCUUCCAAACCCAGCUCGGGCCCAGCGGCCAUGACUCCAGUAAGCGAGUGACCUGGAACGCCCUCUUCUCCCCUCGCUGGCUCCCACUCAGUGCCAGGUCAACCUACACUGAGCUGGGUGCCAUGCAGCCUACACGCACAGAUGGUGGUCGACCUCGCAUUAUUGUAACACCAGCCACUUCCAGCCCAGACUUUGCUGGUGUUAGUUUCCAAAAGACGGUGAUCGUGAUGGCAAGACAACAAGGAAAAAUUGUGGUUCGCCACGUCUACAACUUCCACCAGAGCACUGAGGAGGCUGGGGAUUUCUUGGUGGAUGCUGACCUGCAGCGACGUGCAUCAGAGUACCUGAUUGAUAGCUCCCUCUAUCUGCACAUUGUAAUAAAACCUCUCUACCAUACCCUCCUUGUUGCCAGGAAAUAAAAGCAGUGAUGUGUGUGGCCUUACCAUACGUAGCCACCAUUCACCCACACAAUCACGUGCACAUAUUCCAAAGUAAACUCAUAUCACAGCACAUGUUUAUGCAUCAGGUCUGUGACAUCUAUAUUUGGUAAGAAGGUUUUUUUUUGUAACAUACAAAACUAUUACAGCUUAACUAUCACAAUAACAAUAGUGGUUUUCAGUAUUUCAUGCUUACUAAGAAAAAAACAUUUCAUGUACUGUAUUUUGCUCAAAGUAUUGUAGUCCAGUUGUUUCCCUUGAAUUACUUGAAUCCAUGUGAUGGUUAAUGUUUUUUCAUAGGUACUAGAGAGGUUUUGCUUUAAAAUAAGAUGUAUUGCUUUUAUUUUUUCUCAUUCGACUUCUCAGCAACCAAAUGUAGAUUUUAGUUAAAUGCACUUAUAUGACAUACCCUUAUAUAGCCUACUUUCCUACCAACAUGUGUUGAUUAAACUUAAAUCAAUGUAUUGGUGUUCCUUUACUUAGUUGACUAUUGCAAGACAGUGAGUUCUUUAGUAUUCUAUUGUUUUUUUAUUACCUAUUGAUACAUAAUGCAUUGUGUCUUACUUUUAAUAAACUGCACCAGUAUUUGAAGUUCAUCCUCCAACAAAUAAAA